GUUUCAUUUGUAUUAGUUCUCUCUCAUAAAUAAUACAAUUCCCAUUCUGUGUGUUUCAAAAUGAAGCAAAAGAUUUUUUUGAGGGUGCAGAUGAAGUGUAACAAGUGCAAGAACAAGGCCAUGAAGAAAGCAGCGGUUGCACCAGGUGUGAGCUCAGUAGCGAUAGAUGGAGAUAAGAUGGUGGUGACGGAAGAUGGAAUCGACCCUGUUAGAUUGACCAUUUCGCUACAGAAAAAACUUGGUUAUGCCACCAUCGAAAGCGUGGAAGAACUGGAAAAAGAAGAGAAGAAAGAUGAAGUUAAGUUGACCUCAUUAGAAUCUGUCGUCUAUCCACAAUUUCCUGUUCGCAGCUCUUAUUAUAUUUAUGAUGAUUUAAACGCAAGCUUUUGCUCCAUCUUCUAA